CUUCUUCUUCUUCUUCUUCUUCUUCUUGGCUAAUGGAGGUGGUUAGGAACAAGCAGGUGGUACUCAAAUGGUUUGUAGUUGGGGCUCCAACUGAGAAGGACAUGGAAGUGAGGGAAGGGAAGGCUGAGCUGAAAGCUCCUCCAGGAUGUGGUGGGGUUGUUGUUAAGAAUCUUUACCUUUCUUGUGAUCCUUAUAUGAGGGCUAGAAUGAGGGACAAUUCCUCUUCUUACAUCCCUCCCUUUCAGCCUGGUUCGGUCAUAGAAGGUUUUGGAGUAGCAAAAGUUAUUGAUUCAGACAACCAAAAUUUCAGCAUUGGUGAUUACAUCUCAGGAAUGACUGGUUGGGAAGAGUACAGCAUGAUUACAAGGGUUGAACAUAUUAAGAAGAUUGAAAAGGAUGAUAUCCCUCUUUCAUUUCAUGUAGGACUCCUCGGUAUGCCUGGAUUCACAGCUUAUGCCGGAUUUUACGAGGUCUGUGCUCCAAAGAAAGGUGAUUAUGUUUUCAUCUCUGCAGCAUCUGGAGCAGUUGGCCAACUUGUUGGGCAGCUUGCAAAGAUUCAUGGCUGCUAUGUUGUCGGAAGUGCUGGCUCGAAGCAGAAGGUUGAUCUUCUGAAGGACAAACUAGGAUUUGAUGAUGCUUUCAAUUACAAAGACCAGACUGAUUUAAGUGCUGCCUUGCAAAGGUAUUUUCCUAAAGGUAUCGACAUAUACUUCGACAAUGUUGGUGGUAAAAUGCUCGAUGCAGCACUCCUUAACAUGAGGUUGCAUGGGCGUGUUGCGGUGUGUGGAAUGGUAUCAUUGCAUUCCUACACCGAUACGGAUGGAAUACAUAACUUGUUUACAUUGGUACAAAAGCGAAUCCGUAUGGAAGGAUUUCUUCAGAGUGAUUACUUGCACUUGUUUCCGAAUUUUGUGGAAUGUGUUGCGAAUUACCAUCGACAAGGCAAGAUUGUCUACUUAGAGGACAUAAAGGAAGGUCUAGAGAACGCGCCCGCAGCCUUUGCCGGAUUGUUCACCGGAAAAAAUGUCGGAAAACAAGUUGUAUGCGUUGCAAAAGAUUGAUUGAGUUGUAGUUCUUGCAAUCUUCUCAUGUAUUGAUCAUUGUUGAAAGUUUGUUUCAAGGAUUGGCAUUAUGCUGGAAUUGUAAUUGUCUCACUAUUAAGCCAAAAAUAAAGAGCUCUUAUGCUAUUUCUUUGCUA